ACCAUGAAUUUAUCAGACAGAAUGACAGAUUUUGCCGAUCAGACCCGAUACGACUAUGUGAACAGCACCUCGGUGUCUCACGUGGGCAAUGGGACCCUGCGGGACAUCCAGCAGAUCAUUCACACCGCCACCCUGGUCACCUGCACCUUCCUGCUGGUCAUCAUCUUCUGCCUGGGAUCCUACGGGAACUUGGUGGUGUUUUUGUCCUUUUUCGACCCGGCCUUUAGGAAGUUUAGGACAAACUUUGACUUCAUGAUCCUGAACCUGUCCUUCUGUGACCUGUUUAUUUGUUGCAUCUCCGCCCCAAUGUUUGCUUUCGUCUUGUUUUUCGACACGGGCAGUAACGUCCCUGAUGCGUUCUGCUUCACGUUUCAUCUCACAAGUUCGGGAUUUAUUAUUAUGUCUUUGAAGACGGUGGCGGUGAUAGCGCUCCACCGGCUGCGGAUGGUUCUGGGGCAGCAGCCCAAUCGGACGGCCUCUUUCCCCUGCACUUUAAUGCUCACGGUUCUCCUGUGGACCACAAGCUUUACCCUCGCCACAUUGGCUACACUGAGGACCCGAAAGUCUCAGAUCUGCCUCCCUAUGUACAGCUUGAUCAGCGGAGAGGGGAAAAUUAUCCUGUAUUUGUACGUCAUAGAUUUUACCUUCUGUGUGGCCGUGGUGUCAGCCUCUUACAUCAUGAUUGCCCAGGCAUUAAGAAAGAAUGCCCAGGUAAGGAAGUGCCCUAUCAUCACUGUUGACACUUCCAGACCACAACCCUUCAUUGCCCCUGGAGUGGACGGGGUACAGUGUGCGGUCCCUGCGUUAUACAGGAACCAGAACUACAACAAACUUCAGCAUGUCCAGACCCACGCCUACACAAAAAAACUGAGCCAAAUGCCAGUGCCAGCCAGCAGAUUGCAGUUGGUAUCAGCAGUCAACCUGUCCACUGCAAAGGAUUCCAAAGCGGUGGUGACUUGUGUGGUCAUUGUAUUAUCCGUCCUCAUUUGCUGCCUACCGCUGGGCAUUUCUUUGGUCCAAGACGUGUUGACUAACAGCAGCAGUUUUAUCCUCUACCAGUUUGAGCUUUGCGGGUUCACCCUGAUAUUUUUGAAGUCUGGAUUAAACCCAUUCAUCUACUCUCGUAACAGUGCCGGCUUAAGGAGGAGGGUGCUGUGGUGCAUCCAGUACUUCGCCCUUGGGUUUCUAUGCUGCAAACAAAAAACCAGACUGCGUGCCAUGGGCAAAGGCAGCUUGGAAGCGAACAGAAACAAGUCGUCUCACCAUGAAACCAAUUCGGCUUAUAUGUUGUCGCCAAAACCCCCUAAAAAGUUUGUUGACCAAGCCUGCGGUCCAAGCCAUUCGAAAGACAGCGUCCUGAGCCCGAAAGGAUCAGGGGGGCACCAGCACUAUGCCCAAAGCAGUUCGACUCCUAUUAAUACCCGCAUAGAACCCUACUAUAGCAUCUAUAACAGCAGCCCCUCUCAAGAAAUAAGUACUCCCAACAGCCUGCAGCCAGUUAACUCCACGUUCGGAUUUGCCAAAUCGUAUAUUGCCAUGCAUUACCAUACCACCAAUGACUUAAUGCAAGAAUGUGAGACCACUUCUGCCAAGCAGAUACCCGUGCCAUCUGUCUGACAGCGAGACUCUUAAUAUGCAUCUCGUCAGCAUUUCUAACGUGUUAUUAAACUUGCCAUAAAGUUAUAGGUUUACAAUUUACAGUUUCAUAAGUAUUAGGACUCAUGUAUUAAAAAAAAAAAAUAUUUUUCAUAUAACUUUAUUAAACAGUGUAACACUUCACACGAA